AUGUACAAGAACUACAUGGACCCAAACCUCAUCACGCCACUCCUGGAUGCAACAGGCGAAGAACUUCUUCUAGUGAUUGACUCAUGUCCCAGCGAAAUACAGACACUACUCAUGUCUUCACGCACCUGGGGUAGCGAUACCAUCGGGUCUCCGUUCUGGAUUCUGACUGGCGCAUCUCUCAAUUCUCAUGAUCCAGAAGCCGGUGGCUCGGAGGCUUAA